UGUAUCUCCUUCCCCCUCAAACCCUAACCCUACACGCACCAACCAGGUAGGUCCUCCUCCUCCAUUAUUUCCUCUCCUCUCCCUUCGAUUUCACCUGAUCCGAUCUUCAAACUCGCAGGAUUCGCCAUGAAAGGAGCCAAAUCCAACCCCAAGAAAGCCGACACCAAGUUGGCUGUGAAUAAGAAGCCUGCUAAGGUGACUAGAGCGAGCAAGAAGGCGGCCAAGGAUCCCAACAAGCCUAAGAGGCCGGCCAGUGCCUUCUUUGUUUUCAUGGAAGAGUUCAGGAAGCAGUUCAACAAGGAAAACCCCAACAACAAAGCAGUUUCCGCUGUGGGCAAAGCUGCUGGUGCAAAAUGGAAGUCGAUGUCUGAUGCUGAAAAGGCACCUUAUGUGGCCAAGUCGGACAAGAGGAAGGUUGAGUAUGAGAAGUUAAUGAAGGCUUAUAACAUGAAACAGGCUGAAGGCAAUACUGCAGUGGAGGAGGAGGGAUCUGAGGUGAAUGAUGAUGAGGAUGGAGAUGAGGAAGGGAGUGACGAGGAGGACGAUGACGAGUAGAGAAUGGCACAAGGAUAACAUAGGGAUCUAGCUCGUGACUAUUUGAUCAUUCCAUGCCAUGGUUUGAUUAUUCAAUAGUUGCUUUUUUCCUUCAAGGAAAAUGUAUUUCGCCUCUAUCUAAUUGUCUGUUGUUUUCUAAAUUAAUAGUUGUAGAAGGGAGAUUUACUUCUAUCUGUAUUUUCUCAAGCCCAGUGACUUAGCUAAGUGAAUUUCCCUCUUCUGUAGAGCAGCUAGACUGUUUGAUUUACAUUCUUAUGAUAAUGCAGUGAUUCGAUUUAAGAA